AUGGAGUCAAUUAUCAAAGACUUAUGCGCUAAGAUUGAGACAUUGGAAAGUAAAUUAAAAAUGAAAUCAUCGGUUUCAUUUUACGCUUUAAAAGGGCGUAACAAUGUGAAAUCUAAGUCUUGUAAUCUAAACAGUAGCGACAGUGGCGACGAAAAUGUUGCGGUUACUCGAACGUCGUCGUCAAAACGUAAACGUUAUACAAUAUGCGCUGAUAGCGAUUGGGUUCCAAUUGGUGAUGGACAUGCUUUUGUUCCUAGCAGACUUUUAAAAAAUAUGGAUUGGUCGACUCAUACGUAUGCAACUCGAAAACUAUUGAGAGCGGUUUUCCCUAGGAGUGUGCUGGCAACACAUUCUCUUACGGGCAAACCGUCACCGGCAUUUCCUAAUAAACCAGCAAAGAAGCGAUUGGAUCCCGCACUUGUGAACGACAUCGUACAAACUGUUGUUGACAAUUGUUGUGUGCCAGAGAGUGUUGUUAGGGCCAGUAUAACGACUAAAUGCGCCGAUGAAAGCAAGAUAUUUCGAAGUUGCUUAAGAAAAGCUAAUAGUUCCGCUCAAGAGGAGGUUGAAAGUUCAGCAACUGCAGUCCUUUUCUUGAAUAGUUUGUUUCUUAAAAGAAGAUCGAAUUUGAAAUCAACCCGUCCCGGCCCCAGUGUUCAAAAAACAUCACCAAGUACGCCUUACUUAAAAAGCAACUCCCAGUAUGGUUCCAGUCGGUUUACGACAAGGCUGGAACCGCCUUGCAAGAAACGUUUGCUUCAAAAAAAAAAAACAACUGGUCAAGCCGCAAAAAGCAUUGUGCUGGCAACACAUUCACUUACGGGCAAACCGUCACCGGCAUUUCCUAAUAAGCCAGCAAAGAAGCGAUUGGAUCCCGCACUUGUGAACGACAUCGUACAAACUGUUGUUGACAAUUGUUGUGUGCCAGAGAGUGUUGUUAGGACGAUUAUAACGACUAAAUGCGCCGAUGAAAGCAAGAUGUUUCGAAGUCGUUUAAGAAAAAGUAAAAGUAAUUCUGCUAAAAUUGAUCAGGAGAAUAUUCCACCGUUAGUCUGCAAAUCAGGAGAAUCUGACGAAUCGUAUUUAUCUACCUGA